GGAUGGGUUUAUGCUCAGCUGUCCUUAUUGUCAAAAAAUAGUUAUUGCAUAAUCCCUGGUAAUUCAGGUGGUCAUACUGUGAAAAGGUAAAUGUGCAUUUUGUUGAAAAAAUAUGGUUGAUGGAUAAAUAGCAUGUUGUCUGUGCAAUGUGUUGUGCAAAGAUUUAAAAGGAAAGAAAUGUUAACAUUCCAUAGACUGUGUAUUAUUAUUUAAGUUAUAUUUAUGCAUCAUUGAUUGUUUUUUGGGGGGACAUAAACGUGUAAAUACAUCGUAAUUUAUUAAAAAUUAAAAUAUCUGAAACUCGGUAUGUUCGUGGUUUUAUUUGCCACUGCAGUUUACCCAAAGGUGGAGGUAACUCAUCAUUUUGGCUAGAUCAGCCUGUAUAGAUAGAACUAAAUGUCUCUGUGUAUUAUCUGAGCAAAAUGUAACAAAAUUAACUUACUGGAAAAUCUACUGACUGACGUUUACGCCAAUGUCACCAAAGUCAUUAGAAGCGUAGUUGGAAGGUCCUUGACGUUAAUCAGCUGAUCACAACAUCGUCCAUGUGAUGUCGCUCUCCAGUUUCCGGGUUUUUCUAUAAGGCUAACUACCAGUGUUUGCCCACCAUUUAAUCCACACACACAGCUCAUCUAAAAUUACUUUCACAAUGGGGAUCACCAAACUGGCAGAUUUAAUUCGAAGUGAUGCUCCCGGUGCGAUAUCUCACAAGGAGAUCAGCGAUUACACUGGGAAGGUAAUCGCUUUGGAUACAUCUAUUGUUAUGAAUCAGUUUCGUACAGCAGUCCCCUCAAUGCAGCAUUUGAGUCCACUGACUGGGCUGUUCUUUCGCACACUUACGUUUCUGGAGCAUGAUAUCAAACCGGUCUAUGUUAUUGAUGGGAGGCCCCCUGAAGAAAAAAAAGCUGUGCUGGAGAGAAGAGCUAAGAAUGCAGGAUGGAACUCUCCUCCACAUCCACGGCGUAAUGCAGUUUCCUCACAAACACAGGACUGUCUGCAGCUCCUUAGGCUCGUGGGUGUGCCUGUUGUCAUGGCUCCAGGAGAUGCAGAGGCAUGUUGUGCCCACCUGGUGAAGACUGGCAUGGUACAUGCUGUGGCUUCGGAAGAUAUGGACACUCUACCUUUUGGAGGUUCGGUUCUCCUUCGCCAACUUAAUGCUAAGAAAGACAGUGAUGUCACAGAAUACUGCUUGUCCAAGAUUUUAGAAAUAUUACAACUUUCCCACAAGGAGUUUGUUGACUUGUGCAUCUUGCUGGGAUGUGACUAUUGUGAAAAGAUUGGGGGUCUUGGACCUAAGCGAGCCUUGUCACUGAUCAAACAACAUCGGACCAUAGAGUGUGUGGCACAGAAUGUUAAUAAAAAGACACAUCCGGUACCUGUGGGAUGGAAGUAUCAGGGCGCACGUGACCUCUUCCUUGAGAGCCUGGAGGUUGAAACACCAGAGCUGGUCUGGAGUGAGCCUGAUGAGGAAGGUCUGGUGCGCUUCCUGUGCCAGGAGAAACAUGCCUCUGGAGGGAGGGUGAUGAAAGAGCACCGAGUUCGUAGUCGGAUGGAGAAGUUUCGUCAGUCUCUUCAGGAUAAACGGAGCGCAAGAGAGGAGGCAAAAGCAUCUGGCCAUCAGUCACGAAUGGAAGACUUUUUCCGUGUGACACGGAAGCGACAGUCUCAGGAAGCCGUGUGCCACGGCAAAGGAAAACAUCCAAAGAAGACCAAAUGAUACUGCCCUCUGCUGGUGGAAGACAGGACUGAUUCUCUUCACUGAAGGACCCUUCAAUUCAGUGCAGCUCGCAAAAAAAAACUAUUUGUGUUCUUCAUAUUAUUAUUCUGACCAUGUUUUUUUAUGGUCAAAACAUCAUGUCUUAGUUUUAAAACAAUGACGCCAAUGUCAUUGCUGUUUUUUUUAUAUAAAUAUUUAGGAUUUUAUAUAUAUUAUAUAUUAUAAAUAAGGAACUACGUUAUCAUUGCAACGUAACGUUUUGAUGAUGAAUGGAAACCAUUUUUGUUGGAUGUUUAACUUGAGUAAAAAAUGUCGGACAUUAUGAUUAUUAAAAAACACAGUUUCAUCCAA